GGCCAGUCGCCGCCGCCGCCGCUGCAGAGUCUCGGCCGCACCAGGCGCCGCGCCCAGGGCUCGCCGGGACCAUGGCCACGGACGAGCUGGCCAGCAAGCUGGGCCGCCGGCUGCAGCUCGAGGAGGAGGGCGGCGGGCCCGAGGGGCAGAACGGGGAGGCGGCGGAGCCCGAGCCCGACGGCCCGGAGCCCCUGGGCGGCGGCGCGGAUGGCGAGCUGAGCGCCAAGCUGCAGCGGCGCACGGAGCUCAACCAGGGCGGCGGGGAGCUCUCGCCGGGCGGCGGCCGCAAGGUCUUUAACCCCUACACCGAGUUCCGCGAGUUCUCCCGCCGGCAGAUCCGCGACAUGGAGCGUCUCUUCCGGCAGUAUGACGCGGGGAAAGAUGGCUUCAUUGACCUGAUGGAAUUGAAGCUAAUGAUGGAAAAACUAGGAGCAUCACAAACGCACCUUGGGCUGAAAAAUAUGAUCAAAGAAGUAGACGAAGAUUUUGACGGCAAACUUAGCUUCCGGGAGUUUCUCCUGAUUUUCCGCAAAGCCGCGGCGGGCGAAUUGCAGGAAGACAGCGGGCUUCACGCCUUAGCACGGCUCUCGGAGAUCGACGUCUCCACGGAGGGCGUGAAAGGGGCCAAAAGCUUCUUCGAGGCCAAAGUCCAAGCUAUUAACGAGGCCAGCCGCUUCGAAGAGGAGAUCAAAGCUGAGCAGGAGGAGAAGAAAAAGCAGGCGGAGGAGAUGAAACAGAGGAAAGCCGCUUUUAAGGAACUACAGUCCGCCUUCAAGCAAUGAUCAGAGGGUGGGCGGGGGGCGGGCGGCAGCCCUGGAAAGGACUUCCACGGUACAGAGUGCCAAGGAGGUGCUGAGCAAACCGCUGGCUGGGAAACGUCCGGAAUGAUUUGUGUAAGUGAUGGUUGAAUGGACCAAUUUCUAAAGAACAUUUUUGCCUGUGAAUCCAGAUUUGUUGGGCCACCUUCAGGGACGGUUUUGUUUAUCAUCCUGUUUGCUUGCCCUGUAAGUAGGGCAAGUGAAGACUUGGUGAGCCGUUUCCCGUUGGUCUGUUAGCUGUUCUGUGAUGAUGUGCGUCUGCAGGUGUAACUCUGCUUUAAAAAAAACAAAAAAACCGAAAAAAACCUUUCCAUGUGCUCUGAACUCCUGUGUGUUCUCUAGCUGUGAACCAUUUUGUAAACCAAACCGUAUGAUAAGCACUGUGGCUGUGCCCCCGGCACUGAAUGUACUGGACUCUGGAUUAGCAUUUCCUGCUCGUGCAGAAGUGUCUCAGGUGGCUGUGAGUGCGCGUAGUCUUCUGGAAACAUUCUCCACUUAAUGCUUUAAAUCAGUCCCUUUAAAGGCCCGUAGCUGAAACUGUUCCAAGAAUCAUCUGUGGGAAAGCCCACGUUAAGGCAGCAUGGGUCAGUCAACUGAACGUGGGGUGAGGAGCUGGGGACGCUGAGUUCUAAUCCUGGCACUGAUUCACUGUGUGGCCUUGGAUGUGUUGUUUAAAACAUUUUGUGCCCAUACAAUGAGGACAAGGCCACCUCCCUUCACCGGGGGUGGGGAUGAGAAGGUGGAUUUUGAGCAGGGCCGGCCUGCCUCUCUGUGAGAUGCUAAGCACCAGAGACUGGUCCUAAAUGGUUACACCAUUUUUUACAAUCUGGACAGUUCCCUGAGCUGCCUUUGAUGGCAGUGGGAGUUAAGGACUCACAGCACCUCCGGGAGUCGCUUGGCAUAUUGCUGACUUGAGACCCAAGCUCUGCCUCUCUCUGCAUUCCCGCUUGAUAAACGCUUAAUACCGAGGUGUUGAGGGAAAAACCACAGCCUAGUUCUGGAAGAUGCAGCUAGCACUGACAUAAUCCUGUGUGUGUCAUCUCAGUUGGUUUGUAGACACGGUUCCCUGUGCAGAAAGAGCCAUGGUGGGAGAACGAACGCAGGGGAUGUCUCAGUAUCGGGCCUAAACAUGUUGGUCACCUGCAAAAAAUGAGGGGAAAGCCACAGGCCUGCUGGGGAAACUUGCUGAAUACAGCUACGGCUCUUUAACAACCAGUAAACAUUCAGGCUGGAAAAUCACCUCUCUGAAAAGUGCUUUUAUAUGUCUUUUGCAUGCACUGUGAUUUUUUAAAAGAAAGGGACAAACUCUAAUCACCGUUGUUCGGUCCUUUCAGGUUUUGUAACGAAACCAUACACCUAACUAAUGUCUCUAACUGCAUUUAUGACGAGGUCAACUGGAAUACACAGAAACCUCCAUUGCACUAAGUGGUGUUUGUAAUGAAAACCCAUAGAAUUGUUUUAUGCCUGCCUGUAAGCAUGGAAAGCCCUAACUAACCCUUAACGUCGUCAUUCAGCUGAGGAAGUGAAGUGUGAGAACAGAAGACUUGACAUUUAAGUGUUGAUGUUUACUGCAAAAAAUGUUUAAAAAAAUCCAUGCCACUGGUAUGCAAAAUUCAGAUUGUCAUAUUCAUCAUGAAAAAUGAAUUGCUUGAUUGCUUUUAGACUAACCCGGUAUUUUGGUAAAAGAUUUUAAGAAGAAACCCAUUGGUGGAUUGAGCGGCUUUAUUAUUUUUCAUAUGGUUAUCUGCUAAAAGAUUAUAUUAGUUUCUUCCAUUCUCGUACUGCUUUUCUUUAGCCAAUGUUUAUACAGAUGAAUUUAAAAGUUGUUGCUUUUUUUUUUUUUCCAAAAGCUACUUCCAUUCAGUGGUACGAUUAUUUUUUUUAACUAAACGAAAAUAAAAACUAUAUUUCUUAUGCA